CCCCUGUUAAGAAAGGUGGCUGUAGUGGAUAGUUAUAAUAACACAAAUAUGUGCCAAUCUAUACCCCUUCUUCCCUGUUCUCUGCUGUAGGGAGAGGCGACAGUUUUUUCCCCCUAUCUAAUAAUGGCAUUUAACUUUCAUGUGCUGCUUUACAUCUCACCUGAAGUUUUUCAUCCUUAGGCCUGACAUUCAUCACCAGGCAGAAUCGGUGCCCCAGCCAGCCAACAUGACAGUGCUGUUUGAUAACUUGUCAUGCCAUCACUCCAUCGAUGACUUCCGAAACAAAGUCUAUUCCUCACUCUACUCCAUGAUCAGCAUUAUGGGCUUUGUUGGCAAUGGGGUUGUGCUCUACAUCCUCAUAAAGACAUACCGGCAAAAGACAGCCUUUCAGGUGUACAUGCUGAACCUUGCUGUGUCCGACUUCCUCUGCGUGGCCACCCUGCCCCUGCGUGUCAUCUACUACGUUCAUAAAGGAAACUGGUUCUUCAGUGACUUCCUAUGCCGGGUCAGUUCGUACGCGCUGUACGUCAACCUCUAUUGCAGCAUUUUCUUCAUGACUGCAAUGAGCUUCUUCCGCUGCAUAGCCAUUGUUUUUCCAGUCCAGAACAUCAAUCUGGUAUCGGAGAGGAGGGCAAAAUUUGUCUGCAUUGGCAUCUGGAUUUUUGUCACCCUGACAAGCGCUCCCUUUCUGCGGAAUGGGACGUACCAACAUGGCAACAAGACCAAAUGCUUUGAACCCCCAGAAAACUCUCAGAAGACAAACUUAGUUGUGAUCCUGGAUUUUAUUGCCCUUAUUGUGGGUUUCAUCCUUCCCUUUAUUGUCAUAACUAUCUGCUACACCAUGAUUAUAAGGGCCUUAACAAAAAACUCCUUGAAGAAGAACCGGACUAACCACAAGAAGGCAGUCUGGAUGAUCAUCAUAGUGACUCUCACCUUCCUGGUGAGCUUCACCCCAUACCAUGUUCUGCGUACAGUCCACCUCCACGUGCUGAGGAUGAAGAAUGCCAGCUGUGAGGAUGCCAUAUACUUACAGAAAUCAGUUGUGGUAACGCUCCCAUUAGCAGCUUCCAACUGCUGCUUUGACCCACUUCUCUAUUUCUUCUCAGGGGGCAACUUUCGGAAGAGACUUACCACAUUUAGGAAGGCUUCUUCUUCCAGCUUGACACAAGCCUUCAGGAAGAAGUUCUCCAUGAAGGAGAAAGAUGAGGAACCCUUUGGAGAAAGCCAUAAGGAGAAUGAAAAGGCAUCUGUGACCCCUUCAUAAGGAAGUGAAUCUUCUCCCAAGAUCUCACAUGAACAAUGGAAAUCUCAGAACUCUUCCAGAAGACAUGAUGGAGGCUCACAAGCCUUCAUAGCAGUGAGAUAUGUAAUAACUGUGUAUGAUCCAUGAUUUAGGCUACUUGGUACUACAGCCACUGAGGGGGAUGGCCAGCUGCUUCCCCAGCAGCACUGCUUGGACACACACAGACGUUUAGGAUGGAGGAGCUAGCACUAGCAAACUAUUGAUCUGAUGAUAACCUUGCACAAGCAAACUCUUCAGAGCCUGUCUUUGGGCAUUAGCUUCAUGUCACAGCUUGACAAACAGCGUUUGUGCUGGUGGGAAAUGUAAACACAUUUGCUGUGCACAGCCCAGUGGCGUUCAGGGAGCAAGUGACAAAUGAGGAGGGCAGAGUUUUCACAGGGUCUUCAAACAGCCACUAAAUUAUUUACACAGCAGAGGCCAGGAUAAUUCCUGCCCUGUUCCAGCUGCUUCUGCUUUGGAUUGCAGUUUUCCAGAUAAUUAUAUGUGUAAGGCUUGCAGGGCUGGUGCCAGGCUCUGCAAACACAGGAACUCAGGCUUGAAGCCUGUCUCCCACCCCAAAGGGGCAGCUCUUUGGCUAUGUUUCUGUGAGCAGUAGCUCUGCCAGUGUCUUUUGGGUUUCUAGAAGAAUCAUAUCUGUGGGAGCAGUUUUAAAAUUGCAGUAUCCUUGUGUCCAUCUGAAACUUAUUUGAAUGGGACUGGUCCUGGAAGCGAUGGAUUAUCACUCCAGUUCUUUGGGAGGUUUUACCUUAAAGCAUGGGUCUGGGUACCCAGAGUCAGUGCAGGAUCAGGCCGUUCUGAGAUAGUGACCAAGUUUUUUAAACAAAUAUUUAAAAAAAAAAGGCAAAAGUUGUUUUUAAAAAUAGCUAUUUAUAAUACUUGACCCUGCUCAAGAGCGUUCACCUUCCUCUCAUGUUGCAGAAAAGGGGCAACCGAAGGCCUUUGGAAAAAUCUGUAGAAAGACCUGUAUAGUGGAAAGCCAGAUUGGGCUAUGUUUCUUAGGUAAAGAAAAAUGCCAGAGUCUUGGACAGAAGGAAACAUUCCCGUGCUUUUCCAGUGAACCCCAUGGAAAAGUAGUGCUGCCUGACUUUUGCCGGAGCAAAACCCAGCUAGAGAUGUGUGAUGCUUCAGAAAAGAAACAAAUUCUUGUAGGAUUAAGACUCUUAGUGGGAAAAGUGGUUGAUAUAUCAAUAGUGAGUAUGUUUUGAUAUGGUAUUUGUGAUGUUACUUGAUGUAAUCUUAAAGAAAUCCAUUUUAAUACUGUACAAUACGAGUGAGCAAAGGCAGUUUGGCUUGGGGCAGAGUUCUGCUUGAGAAACUCUUUACAGAUACACAGAUGAGUAAGUUCACUGUUUAUACCACACUGUGUAUCCCUGGGUCAUCAAAAAGCACUUAAAAAGGCAAAUUUGCCUUCAGAUGACUCAAGGGUGUGACUUUUCAACAAGAUUUGAAACCCCUUUAUAAAAACUGCAAGGAUGUGUGAAGUGGAAGAGGGCUGGAAGCUGCUGGUGUGCAGGAGUGUUACAGCUCCCCCUAAACGGCAGAACUUCUAGCUCACAGCUAGACCUGUAGGCUGCUAUGAGAAAAUGAGUGAGAGUUGGCUAAAACUUCUUUUCAAGGUUUAGCAUUGAGUAUUCUAGUUGUGGUUUUGGGGCAUUAAAGGCAUUGUGCAACUGUAAAUAGAAAUCCAGGAAAACUGAGUGAAAUAAUACCUAGGAAUAAUAUGCGUAUUCCCAAAUCUUAAAAUAUUGUACAGUAAAGCACCAUUUAUAUAUAUUGCAAAGCAUUUCUAUUGUACCAGAGGUGUAUCUUUCCUAUUUUAUUUUUUUAAUGAGACAAUGGUCAUGGCAAGAGAAAUGGCAGUGGUUCUGUGCAAUAGGGAAGACUAUUUAAAAAAAGCAUGGUGAAAAUUAAACGACAAUGUUGUAAGUAAAAUGUUACCACUCACUGUU